AUGAGUCUCAAUUGUCUUUCCUGCAGCCAAAUUUUGCAAAGGACAGACUCAUUUCAAGAGGUAUUCCAAGAAGAAGAGUAUAGGGAAAGGAACAAAAAGGUCGCAAGAACAUGGUCGGGAAAUAUAUCACAGGAUAAAGAAAUGACCAAAGGCGGACCUCUGGCGAAGAUUAAGGCCAAUCAUCGCCGCAAUCAUAGUACAGGAAAUAUUCCUUUUUCGAGCAAUGGACCGAAGUUGGUGAGGAGUAGUGGAAUGAGAAGAGAUUGGAGUUUUGAGAAUUUGGCUGAGAUACAACAAGACCAAAGUGUGACUUGCCAUUAA